AUGGAUGAGUUCCGAGAAAAUGCAUUUUCCAAGGGGGCCUCGCAGACGAAUCUCGUCGCUUCGGGAAGCGGCGGAUGGCCCCGACGAUACGAGACUCGGACUUUCGGCGAAGCCCCGACGAAGAAGCUCCGACAGGAAACCGACGAGACCCAACAUCACGGAUUCUACCGGAAGAAUCCGCGAGAAAAAGCGCUCGCCAACGAGCAAGUCAGAAAAGAAGUAUCAGGAGUAUCAGAGAUGUCAGCAGCUGUUGUGUCAAAGCCAAAACCUCUCAAGGUGGAAAAGGCUCACUUCAUGAUGCCUGCUCUUGCCAGAAUUUUUGCUAUGGCAGCCAAGACAUGUGCAAGAGGGACAAGCAUAGGCCUUCUGCUUUCAUUGACUCUGUUCUUCAAAAUGCCUGCUUCGUGUUCAGGGAAGGAGCCACUCUUGAAUGAUGCAUGGAAUCCAAAAUGGGGACCCCUCCCAGAUGAUCCUGCUGAUAUAAUGAACCUCCUCAUGAGAAGAUUCUCAUAUGAAAAACCAGACCUCUCAAUAGAGAGUUUUGGACUGCUUUAUGAAGUCCUUCAUCAGAAGUCUGGUAUAUCAUUAGAUACCCUACCUCCCUUGGAUGGUCCAUUUGAUCUCUUAAGGAAUUGUACUGUGAACAGCAAGGCAUCCAGUCUCUAUUGUAAUGUGGCUUCUAAGUGCCUCUCAUCUCGAGAGCUGGUAGAGCUGUACCUUGGUGGCCAGUACUUUGCUCACCCUUCCCAGAAUCAUGAUCUGCAUGUGUCUGAUAUUCACACUCUUUGUCCUCCCCUACUUUUUCAAGCAGCCUCUGGGAUUUGCAGUCUUUCAUUGCCGAAUGUCAAGCACGAAGAACAAAACUCUCCAUCUAAAAAAGAAGUGUGGGGAUAUGGACUCCUAUGUGUGACAGUCAUCAGUUUAUGUUCUUUGUUUGGAGCUGGUCUCCUCCCAUGCAUGGGAAAGAACUUCUUUGAAAAUAUGCUCACAGUUUUAAUUGGCCUUGCAGUUGGGUCACUAACAGGCAGUUCCCUCUUUCAUCUCAUUCCCCAAGCAAGUUCAAUGCCAUUUGUUUCUCAUAAAGAAAAAGUUCAGGGUUUUACGUUGGCCAAGUAUCAUGAGAAUCACGAGUACCUCUAUAUCUCUUUGAUGAUAACAUUUGGAAUCUACCUCUUCUUCCUGGUUGAGCGAAUUUUGAAAAUCUUGCUUGACCAUCGAAAACGAAUGAAUCGGAAGCAGAAACAUAGCACAACAGAUGUCCAGAUGAAGGAUAGCUCUGAAGGAUCUAGUGAGAACCAAGUAGCUGAAGGCCAGAAUAUAUCCAGUAUUCCCCAUGAUCCAUCCUUGGAAAAUGGGUUAAAUGAAAUAUGUUUGGUGCCUAAUUCCAAAGACAUGUAUGAGAGCAGUGAGCAAGUUAUCAAGGCAUCUUUUGGUCAUCAAAAGAGGCCAAAGCCUGUACAUGGACACAAUCAUGAGAUGAUGGUGACUGAAGGUGACAAGACCAUUGCUACAGUGGCAUGGAUGGUUAUCUUUGGAGAUGGCCUCCACAAUCUCAUUGAUGGCCUGUCUAUAGGUGCUAGCUUCAACAACAACAUUCUCACAGGUGUUAGUGUUAGUAUUGCUGUCCUUUGUGAGGAAUUCCCUCAUGAAUUAGGGGACCUUGCUGUACUGCUUCAUGCUGGCAUGAGCCUCAAACAGGCACUCCUGUACAAUUUCCUCUCAGCCUGUGUCUGCUAUAUUGGUUUAGUCAUAGGAAUUUUCCUUGGAAAUGUUGAUGCUGCUGGAGUUUAUAUCUUUGGCCUGGCCGGAGGAAUGUUCCUGUACAUCGCUCUUGUUGACAUGGUGCCUGAGAUGAAUGAGAAGGCAUCAGAAGCAAGCAAGAAAGGCCUUGCAGCUGCUGCCAAAGUUUUACUUUUGCAGUGUUCUGGAUUUGUCUUGGGAACUCUUGUCCUGUUUUGUCUUGCUUACUUCCAAGAAAGUUUCAGCUUCAACUGAGUUAUAGUUCAGUUGGGAUGCUAUAUGACACUGUAACUGUGAUUUUAGCCUAUUGCUUAAACUCCCAUUUAUUUAUUUUUAAAAAUUGACAAUGAUUCCAUCUGUCCAUGAGAUAGAUUUUAUCAUGUGAGUUGGAUAUGUGAUGGGUCACUGUAGGUAGAAAUUAGUGCAUUUUACAGACAAGUUUUGAUGUGCUCAUCCAUUGGUCUACUGUACCUGGGUAUGUGUAUUACAUUUGAAGGUAAUUAAAAAUACAUAAUAUUGAUGAAAUUUUUUA